CCGGAAGAAGCAGUGGUAAAAGGAAACGUGCACGGUGCACACAAGCAGCUCGGUUGUGUGGGGCCAUCGUCACCAUUACUAUCACUUUCCAUGGAGUAAUCCGAAAUUGGGGAAAGCGGAAAGGAGUUGAAUUUUAGGGGUUAGGUUUUCUUUUUCCUUUUUUAAUCUGGUGAGACACAGAGAAGUAAAGCGGGAAUGAGUGGGUUGUCGAUGGACGCGUUGCCGUUGGGGUUCAGGUUCCGGCCGACGGACCAGGAGCUCAUUUCUCAUUACCUCCGCCGUAAGAUCAAUGGCCGCCAUUCCGAGGUGCAGGUCAUUCCUGAAGUCGACGUCUGCAAGUGGGAGCCCUGGGAUUUACCGAGUUUGUCGGUUAUUAAGACAGAUGAUCCAGAAUGGUUCUUCUUUUGCCCGCUGGAUAGGAAGUAUCCUAAUGGUAAUAGGUGCAACAGAGCCACAGAUGCUGGUUACUGGAAGGCCACAGGCAAAGACAGGGCUAUUAAGACUCGUAAGUCCACUGGUUCUGAUCAGUCAAAUACCCCAUUAAUUGGCAUAAAGAAGACUCUGGUGUUCUACAAGGGUCGUGCUCCAAAAGGCGAACGCACAAAUUGGAUAAUGCAUGAAUAUCGUGCCACUGAACCAGACCUUGAUGGCACUCGCCCUGGCCAGGGAGCUUUUGUCCUUUGUCGCUUGUUCCAUAAGUCUGAUGACAGAAAAUGUGAUGAAGCUGAGCCUAGUGGCUCAUCCCCUGCUACAAAUAAAUCCUCUCCUGAUGAUGUAUCAUCAAAUCUUUUCCAAGAAGCAGCACUUCUAGACAGGCAACCACAAAAAGCUAAUGUAACCUCUAUUGUUAUGUUGCCCGUUGAAAGCCGCAUGUCAGAUGUUGUAGAGCACUCAACAGAAGAAAUAAAAAAUGAGGCACCAGUAGGAGUAGACAUGAUGUUCCAUGAAUCUAAGCAUGAGUCCAAUAGUUGCAUUGAUCUAGGACUUCACAUAAGUUCUCCAUUUCCUGAUGACUUUGGAAAUGAUCACAAUGGGUUAGAUUUUCAAGAUGGAACAUGUGAACAAGAUGUUUCCCUGUCAGAGCUCCUGGGACACUUUCAGGGUCAUGAAAACUACUUUUCAGAGGAGACAACAUGGCAGAAUAACUUGUCUUCUGAACGCUUGAUUCUUCAGGACACACUAUUGGAGCAAACAUCUCCUGCGCCCUUUCAGACUCAAGUGUCACCUAAUGAUCCAGACUCCAUAUUGCAUACAGAUGAUACACACACCCAUACAAAUCCUGUUGGCCAUGCAAGUGAUGUUGCAGGCGGGUCUGGGUUAAGGAUUCGGAUGCGUCAACGACAAAAUCGACCAACUUCAAGAAACAUUAUCACCCGAGGCACUGCCCCAAGGAGACUUAAUCUUGUGUUGGAACAGGAACCACAUUCUGUUAGUUCUGCUAAUGUGGCAGAGGCAGGAAGUUUUGGCAGUGAAGUGCAUGAAGCACAAUCACUCGUGGCAGAGGUUCAAGCAUCUCUCACAUCCUUCAAAACUAAGGCAUCAGAAGAAUCAUAUGGGGAUAAUAGUGCCACCAACCACCGCACUACAGUAGAUGGUGAAACUGGCACAAAGGCUUGGAUGCCUCAGCUAUUUAACCAAGCAAGCUCAGAGCACAAUGUGUGCCAGGUAAGUGCUGCAAAGAGAAUUUUGCAGAUGGAACAAGUAACUGUGUCGGUUAGUUCUGGAAAAGCAGGCAUAGGACAUGGAAGAAGAGCUGUAAUAGGGGAGGAGGACCAUGAAGGCAAUGAAUGCACUUCAAGCACUGGGAGCAGGGAGACCACUCAAGAACAUGAUACAACAGUUCGGUUACUGUCCAAACAGGGCAGUAAUCAUCACCUCUCAAAGAUUGGGUUCUCUUUCUCAUCGCUUGUAUCACCCGUUCUCUGUGGGCUCAGCUUCUCAAGAUUAUAUGCUGUCAGCAUAUAUGUAAUAGUAGCCGUGUCAAUAUUCUGUAUUAUGAUCUGGAAGUACCCAAGCAAAGCUGUAGUGCAAAGAUAAACAUGUGCAUGCUAGUCUUUGUUAUUCAGUAGAUUGCUGUAAGUUGCAUGAAGUCUUCUUGUAAAUAGAAUAAACACAUUAGUCCCAUACCUCCAUCUAGGCCAGCACACUUUUGCUGCUGUAUUGAUGAAUAGUAUUAAGCUUUAGAAACAUGAAAUUUUUGUCCUUUAAAAUUAGAAAAACAUGUUAUUUUACUAC